AGCGACGCCGCGGCCAUGGAGAGGGCGAGCCCGGCGGCGGGGAAGCUGAACGCCGGCGGCCGCGGGGCGGGCGAUGGGCUCGGCCCCGCCGGGGGAGCCCAGCCGCGGGCUGCGGCGGCGGGCAGCGCGGAGCCGGGCGAGCUCAUCGGGCGGGCUCUGGAUUUCAAGAGCGAAGGGGCGCAGUGCUACAAGGACAAGAAAUUCCGGGAGGCCAUCGGCAAGUACCACCGCGCCCUCCUGGAGCUCAAGGCUCUGCUGCUGCUGCUGAGCCAGGAGCCGCCCGGGCAGCGCCCUCCCUCCGCUGCCGCCGCUGCUGGGCUCAGCGAGGAGCAGCGGCAAGCGGUGGAGGCCAUCGAGGUUGACUGCUACAACAGCCUGGCAGCCUGCCUCCUCCAGGCCGAGCUGGUGAACUAUGAGCGAGUCAAGGAGUACUGCCUCAAAGUGCUUCAGAAAGAAGGAGAGAACUUCAAGGCGCUCUAUCGAUCAGGAGUGGCAUUUUACCACCUGGGUGACUUCAACAAGGCCCUCUACUACCUGAAAGAGGCGAGAUCCCGCCAGCCAACAGAUACCAAUGUCAUACGAUAUAUUCAGCUGACAGAGAUGAAGCUCAGCAGAUGUUCCCAGAGAGAGAAAGAAGCCUUGUGAAAAUGAAGCCGCAUCAGCUGAAGUGCCCAAGGUGGAACAUUUCCUUCCCAGAAGCUCAUUUGGUGGAUUUUCCUGUCUGCUCUGCCUCAUCCUCAUCUCCUCAUCCACCCACUUGCCCUUGACCUUCAUUGAAUCCCAGUUUGGAAAACAAAAGACUUAGACACUGGAUACGGCUGCUUGCCAACCAUGGUAAUACCCCUUCCCCGUGGCAGGAGAGCACAACCGCUACAGCCAGCCUUGUUCCAAGACAGUGUCACACACCUGGAGUAGGCCAUGCUGGGGACCUUUGUGGUCCUGAGCUGACUGCCUAUUACCUAUUAAGGAAGCAACCCCCAGAACAACAACUUCCUGACCAGGCAAGUUGGAGACAAACAGUUCCUGCUCUGAGUGAUCACUGGAGCUUGGAAGAGCUGCGAAACCAAGAGAGUCACCGGUCAUUUCAUAGGGGAUGGCAAAUGCCUUUUUACCAUCAGUUCCCUGUGCCUGCUUCUCCAGUGUGUGUUAUCUGCCUCCAGUGAGAGCUCACAUGCUCCCAGUCUAAUGCCAGUGAAAACUCUUUCUAAACAUCCUCUUAAUGAAAGCACAGAGCACCCUACAAAACCCCUGCAGAGCUGUCCCAGUGCCGGAGGAGAAGGCUGUGGGCUACCACAGAACAGUGAACAGACUGUGAGAGUGUGGUGUACAGUGUGAGGGAAAAACUGUGAAAUAAUUCAUUAAAGGCAAAUAAAAAUUAUUAAUGGGCAACAA